UUCACCAUCGCCGGUAUAUAUAUCUGUGUUUCUAACUCUAUAUCGGUAAUUAGGGUUUAAUUGGCUCCAUCACAACAGCCAGUCUCCUAUCAAUUCAACACCAAGCAUCAAAUUUUGCGGGUAAUUUUUAGGGUUCAAUUGGCUGUGUCACAACAACAAAUUUUAUUGGCUGGCUCUAGGGCGUAAUGAAAUAUUAUCCUUAAAUUAAACCAUGCUAAAUUCUUUUUCUUCCGAAGCCAAAGAGGACACACUAAGCCACGUUGGUCACCUCCAAUGCCGUUUUCGUCACUUCAAUUUGAUUGUGACCAUAAAUUUCUUAAAUAAAUUUGCAAAGCUUUUGCUUUGAAAUUGUGGCUUUUUAAGGUGUGCCUGAAAUCUGCUGCACCUUUCACAAAUUUCUGCAAUACUAGAAGCAUCAUUGAAGUUACUACUUCAUGUAUGGACAUGUUGAGAAUCUAGCACAAGAGAUGAAGAAAGGAGCCGCAUCAACUGUAUGAGUAAAAGACAACCUAUGACAGAAUAACAUCUCGCGUGAAGCCCAAACAAUGGUCCUAGAUGAUCAUCCCAAUGUUCUUAAAUCACACUGCUCCUUUGUUAGUGAUCACAAUCUAUGGGUUAUCAUGCCUUGUAUGGCUGGAGGUUCCUGUCUCCACAUUCUGAAGGCUGCUCAUCCAGAUGGCUUUGAAGAGACUGUUAUUGCAACAGUAUUACGGGAAGUUUUAAAGGGUUUGGAAUAUCUUCAUCAUCAUGGAUUCAUCCAUCGUGAUGUUAAAGCUGGGAAUAUUCUCAUUGAUGCACGAGGUGGAAUAAAGUUGGGAGAUUUUGGUGUCUCUGCUUAUUUAUUUGAUUCAGGUGAUAGACAACGUAUGCGGAACACAUUUGUCGGAACUCCUUAUUCCUUUUACAGGAUGGCGCCGGAGGUCAUGGAGCAAUUGCAUGGUUAUGAUUUUAAAGCUGAUAUUUGGUCCUUUGGCAUAACUGCUUUGGAGCUUGUUCACGGCCAUGCUCCUUUCUCAAAAUAUCCUCCAAUGAAGGUCUUGCUAAUGGCAUUACAAAAUGCACCCCCUGGCCUUGAUUACGAGAGGGAUAAGAAGUUUUCGAAGUCUUUUAAGAAAAUGAUUGCUAGUUGCUUGGUGAAAGAUCCUUCAAAACAACCUUCAGCCAAAAAAUUGCUGAAGCAUCCUUUCUUUAAGCAAGCAAGGUCCAACGAUUAUAUAGCUAGAACAUUGUUGGAGGGUUUGCCAGCACUUGGAGAUCGCAUGAAGGCCUUGAAGAGGAAAGAAGAAGACAUGCUAGCACAGAAGAAGAUACCAGAUGGGCAGAAAGAAGAAAUAUCACAGGGUAUUGCGAAACUGCAGCCUUUCGGGAGAGCUUCCUGUAUAUAUUUGGGCGAUGAAGGAUCUGCAAACAUUCACCCGAAUCUUGUUAAUCUGCAUGGCUGCUGCAUUGAAGGGACUGAAUUACUGCUCGUAUAUGAAUACUUGGAAAAUAAUAGCCUUGCUCGCGCAUUAUUUAAUUCAGAGAAAAUUCAAUUGAUACUUGAUUGGCCGACAAGGGUCAAGAUUUGUGUUGGGAUUACUAAAGGUCUGGCUUACCUUCAUGAGGAAUCAAGCCUUAGAAUUGUACACAGAGACAUUAAAGCUACUAAUGUACUGCUAGAUAGAGAUCUAAAUCCCAAAAUUUCGGACUUCCGGCUAGCUAGACUUACUGGAGAUGAUAAUACCCAUAUUAGCACUCGAGUUGCUGGAACAAUAGGAUACAUGGCACCCGAGUAUGCGCUAUGGGGUUAUUUGACCUACAAAGCAGAUGUCUACAGCUUCGGAAUUGAGAAGGCACGCGGAGUGAUUUCUUCACCAUCACAUCAUCCAAAUACCUCUAUCAACAAACCAUCAGUUGUGACACCCAUAGUGCCUCCUCCUACUACUGCUAACGUUGACGAUGUUGAUCCUUUAGUUUCUGAUGAUGAUCGUAGUCCUUCACCCAUACAUUAGUUUUUUAUGUUAUCUGCUUUUUGUUGGAAAGAACAAACUUAUGCACUAACAAUACUUGAUGAAUGUGUGGGUUCUUUUGGUAGUUGAUAGCUUGGUGUUGUCGGUGUUUUGGACUUAACGAUUGGGAUUUCGCUAUCUAUUUUGAACUUUUUUUAUAAAUAUUAUUUUAUGUGAA